AUGAGAUCCUGGAGAAGGAAGAAGGCGAAGGACAAGCGGAGCGAAUGGUUCUUCAACAAUGGAAGCACUUUCCUCCAGGAACUCAUCGCCGACUCUAACGGAAUUUCAAACCCGAUCCGGUUCUUCUCUUCCGAUCAAAUCCUCAAGGCCACGGAUCGAUUCGACCCCAGUCGUUAUCUCUCUCGUCAUAGAUUCUUCACCUGGUACAAGGGCGUCAUCGAAGACCGGCCUUACGCCAUCAAAAACUUCACAGAGUCAUCGUUUAAAGGAGAGAGCUUGCGAGAGGUUUACAACGACAUCGUCUUAUCAGCUCGGGUAAGCAAUCAAAGUAGCUUUCUCAAGCUUCUGGGAUGUUCCCUCGAGUUUCCCCUUCCGGUUAUGGUAUUCGAAUACCCAGAGAACGGGGUUUUGAACGAGCGUGGUGGUUGCGAGGACGGUACGUCGUUGCCUUGGAAUGUUCGGUUGAAGAUUGCGAAGGAGGUUGCGGUUGCUGCGACGUAUCUUCACACGGCUUUCCCUAGGAUUAUCAUACACAGAGACAUCAAGCCAAUGAAUGUUUUCUUGGAUAAGAAUUUGACGGUGAAGCUGACUGAUUUCACGUUCUCGGUAUCACUCCCCGAGGGGAAGUCGUGGAUUAAAGACAGAGUGAAGGGGACUUUCGGGUACAUAGAUCCGGUUUACUUCUCCAGGGGUUUAGUGACAGAGUACACAGAUGUCUUCAGCUUUGGAAUCUUCAUGUUGGUUCUUUUGAUUGGAAGACCAGCGGUUUUCGCUGGGUCGAGUGGGGUUCAUUGUAAUAUCCUUGACUACGUGAAGGAUCUACAGGAGAGAGGAGAGACUGUUGAGUUCGUGGAUGGUUCGAACGGCAUGAGGCUUGGUCAGAUGAGAAUGUUUCUUGAGCUGGCACUGAGAUGCUGCGAGAAGAAGGAUGAAGACAGGCCGAAGAUGAUUUUGGUGGCGAAAGAGAUUAAGCUGAUAGAAAGAUCACUCGACUGUUGA